AUGGAUUCGAACCUCAGCGAUUCCACCGCCUUCAGGACCCAGCUGGCGAACAUCGUUACUUCAGAGGGGAAGAGGGUCAGCGUGUACAAUGACGUCAGUGACGAGUUUCGUCAUCAGUUCAGCAUCGUCGUCACCAUCUUCAUGUCAGGGGCCGUCAGUAUCAUGGGCGUCUGCUGCAACGUCAUCAAUUUGGUCGUCUUUAGGCGGCAAGGUCUUCACGAGACCGUCAACAUCAGCCUCUUCAGCCUGGCGGUCGCUGACCUGCUUUGCGUGACCUUCACCCUGUGGCUCUCCGUCUGCAUGGUCCUCUACGUCCUCGACCCGCCGAGCCUGACCUUCGACCCGACCAGCCUCAUCUCUGUCACGGCCAGCGGCCCGCGCAUCAUCUUCUCCCGCACCAGCUGUUGGCUGACCGCGGUCAUCUCUCUACAGCGGUGCCUGUGCGUGACCUUGCCUUUCAAGGUCAGGCGAAUCCUGACCUUGAAGAACACGGCCGCCUGCGUCGUGUUGGUGUCCGCGUUCACGUGCCUGACGCACAUGUCGCUGUAUUUUUACCGGACGCUCCGGGUGGGGUUCGAUCCCAGGACGAACAGUACUCGGAUCUACACGGCGCUUGUAUCCUACGGCAACAUCGACAUCGUCGUCAACGCCGUGUUCUUCAUCAUCCUCCCCGUCCUCAACUUCCUCAUCGUCCUCACCUGCACGCUGAUCAUCAUCCUCACGCUGAAGAACUCCCAAAAAUGGCGGUCCUCUGUGUCCUACGUCAGCAGCAAACUCCACAAAACUCAUGACGUCAUUUCCUCAAUCGCCGAGUCCGAUGACGUCAAAGACAACAAAGAGGUCAGGAUUUCCCGGAUGAUAGCCACCAUCAUGAUGAUUUUCGUCGCGUGCAACGCCCCCGCCAACAUCAUCCUGUCAAUCAAAUACGCGAUCCCAGAGUUCCGCGAGACCGGAAGUCUGAAGAACUUGUUCUACGCCACGAACAACGUCGUGUUCUUCUUGGAGGCGCUCAACUCCAGCGUGCAUUUCUUCGCCUACUACAGCAUGAGCUCAAGGUUUCAGCAGGCGUUCACUAGCGUCUUCAAGGGGAACAGGUUGUGUAGGUGUGGGUGA